CAAAACUUCAAUUCAAACAGCACUAAAGGUAGAUUGACUGGCGCGCGCUGCCCGCGUAGUAAGUGUUUCCGAUACAGAGUUUUCGAGAAAAAAGUUUAGCUGAAUCGCGCGAGCUGUUUAAACAAUAAUUUAAAAGUUUUACGUAGCAAAGUAACUUAUCACUAGCGAAAAUGACUGUCGACGAAGGCGUAGAUAUCACCGAAGCCGGCGAUCGCGGUGUGCUAAAGAGAAUUAUCAAGGAGGGUAUAAGUACUGGUAACACGGCAGAAGAUACUCCCAACCCUGGGUGCCAGGUCACGGUGCACUAUACAGGGACUCUGCUGGACGGCACCAAAUUCGACUCGAGCAGAGACAGGAACGAACCUUUCGAGUUUAAUUUGGGCAAAGACCGAGUAAUAAAAGCAUGGGACAUUGGAGUGGCGACUAUGAAGAAGGGGGAGGUGUGUGUCCUGACCUGUGCCCCGCAGUAUGCCUAUGGCCCCGACGGCAACCCACCCAAGAUCCCUCCAAACGCAACACUGCAGUUUGAGAUUGAGAUGAUUGGGUGGAAGUAUGAAGACUUGUCUCCAGGCAAGAACAAGGGCAUCCUGCGCCACAUCAUUCAGCAGGGCGCCGGCUUUGACAGCCCUAAUGAUGGAGCUAUGGUCACAGUGGAGCUGGAGGGCAGACUACAGGCUGACGGCAAAGUGUUCGACACAAGAACAGUGACAUUCCCGUUGGGCGAGGGCAGUGAACACAAGAUCUGCGAAGGCAUAGAGCGAGCCCUCGAGAAGUUCACUAAAGGCGAGAAAUCAAGGCUCACCAUCCAACCAAAAUACGCCUUCAAAUCUGAAGGGAACUCAGAACUGGGAGUGCCGCCGAACUCAGUUGUGGAAUACGUAGUCACAUUAAACAGUUUCGAGAAAGCCGCCGAGUCCUGGUCGAUGGACGGCAAGGAGAAGCUAGAGCAAGCGAAGAUGUUCAAGGAGAAAGGCACAAACUACUUUAAAGGCAACAAGUUCCAGCUCGCCAUCAAAAUGUACAAGAGGGUGAUGUCAUUGCUUGAUGAUAUGCCUGAAGACACCAGUGAAACAGACGAGAAUAAGGCACUCGCGAAAGAACUUCUCCUUUCCAUCCACCUGAACCUCGCACUGGUGUACUUGAAGGUCACGCCAGCACACCACUUUGAGGCCAAGGACCACGCCCUAAAAGCCCUGAAGUUCGACGAGAACAACGUCAAAGGCCUGUUCAGGAAAGGCCAGGCUUUGCUCGGCCUUGGUGAAGCUGAAGAGGCCUUGAAAGACUUCCAGAAGAUUGUUGAAGCUGAGCCACAGAACAAGGCGGCCGCAAACCAAGUCACGGUGUGCAAGGCGACGAUAGCCAAACAGAAACAGAAGGAGAAGCAGCUGUACGCGAACAUGUUCGACAAGUUCGCGAAACACGACACGGAGGUGGAGAAGCAACGAGCUAAAGAUGAAAUAGACGUGAUAGGCGAGAAAGUCGGGGAGUGGGGAGCCGGCGAGGGCGAGUGGACGGACCAGCAGCGACACAGGAAACCCACAGAGUUCGAGAAGGAGAACCCCAACAUCCUCAUGCUGGACAAGGAUGGACAGUUCGAGAACAUGUGAAGACAUCUCCCUCACUCACUGGAUGCUUACAUCAAGCGCGAAUUUAAUUAUUCUUAUGAUGUUAUUGAAUCAGUGUUAAGUUUAGUUAUAGUAAUAAGAGAGGUGUUUAAAGAAUUAAAAAAGAUUUAUUUAAGUGCCUGCUAUCAUAUUUCCUGUUUCAUGUAAGCAUUCACUAAUAAGCGUCAGCCGCAAGUGCAUAAUUUUAGGUAGUGUGUUAAUCAAGUCGCUAGCAAUCCUUAGAUCUCUUCAUUGAAUUAUCUGCAGAAUUGAUUGAAACCAGGCCGGCGCAAAGCAGACUUUAAAACUAUCUGCACAAGGAGCUUAAUUGUUUGAUAAAAUGCUAUAGCAUUUCGCUUUUUAUUUAUCAAACAAUUAUGUAUUCUAUUUAGAUUCCAUUAAAGUCUGUUUUCGAAUGCCCCUUAAGACGCUUUCCUCAUCCAACUCAGCGCCGGCCCUUUACACUUACAAUAACUCGUACCAGAUUGCAUGUUAUUCACCAAUAAUCUGAUCAUUUUAAAUAAGCAACAUAACCUACCAAAAGGUAGAUCUGAGUGUUAUAUUAUUGCAUUUCUUACUGUUUUUAGGUCAAUUCGUUAAGCUGUAUACUGUAGUUAAAUUUCAAUAGUAAAAUUGUCGUGAAAUCUCUAAAUUUUAAAUAUAUUGUUAUCAUUGGCAUUCCUCUUGUAUGUUGUCAGUAAGGCUGUAUUCGUCUGCUCGUCGUUUCUUUCCGGACUUGUAAUAAGCUUGCAAUGUAACUUGGCUUAUAUUCCAGAAACAAUCAGAUUACUCCGAACGAAGGAAUUUCGUUUGAAUUAACAAGCUUAUUUUCCUUUUUUAAAACGACUCCCGCACUAAGGGCCUUAUAUUACCAAUUUGUGUCGCCGGGGUUUCCACAAACAAUCAAGUCACAUGCACAAGGCACCCAGACUCAGAACAAGCAUUCGUGGAUGACACAAAACGCGAGGAUCAACUCGUAGCGCAUAGUGUGUUUGGCGUGGUGACCUCGAACCUCGUUUGGUUUGAAGGCUUUUCAAAUCAAUUCCAAUAUAAUAAAAUUCAUGAAUUAUUACCCAUAUAACGUAACAUUGUUUUUAUCAUAAGAGUGAAAGUUACAUUGCAACUGUUGCAAGCAAUACCAGGGUUUGAAUAUUUUUAGCAUAAUAUCGUUUUCGAUUUGAACGGGUUUGUUUGUCACCGGUAACUGUAUUUAGUUGUACGAAUGAAUUUACUUAUUAAACUGUUGAUACAG